GGCUCCUCUCCCUCAGGAUGACUGGGAGUGACGCAGGGCAGACGGUAAAAAAUACGGGGACUUUAGGGGAAGGACAGAUGAACGGCGGUGAUGCAAGAAGGGUUGGAGCUUUGAUUUCACAGGUUCGAGCCCGAUGCCCGCUUGCGUAGAGGACACGAGAUUCACAUAUGUGUAGAACUUCCUGUGAGAGAAAAUAAUAACCAAGCAUCAUCCACUCAGCUGUGGGGCGGAUCAGUUAAGGACACACUCCCAGGUAUCAUUGGUCCUCCAUCUGCUCAUGGAAAAGUAGCCUAGUCAUCCCAAUUUCUAACUGAACACCAAGUUGUAAAUCGCAUCCAGUUGGAGGAUAUUUGGACACCCCUAUUCGUCUUUUUAUUAAGCUUUCACCAUGAACUACCUGCGUCGACGACUCUCGGACAGCAAUUUCAUGUCCAACCUGCCCAAUGGCUACAUGACGGAUCUCCAACGCCCCGACCCGCCGCCGCAGCCGCAGCAGAGCCCCGCAGUGUCGCCUGGGCCGACGGAGAGACGCCAGUCCACCAGCCAACCGCAGCAGCCGCAGCAGCAGCAGCAGCCGCAGCCGCAGCAGCAGCCCACAGGAGGAAGUGGAGGCUCAGGCUUCUUCUCCUCCAUCUCUAAUGCUGUCAAACAGACUACAGCUGCUGCGGCUGCCACCUUAUCAGAGGCAGCGGAUCGCGCAGGAGUCUCCAGCAGUGCCAAGAUCCUCCUUGUUCUCGAUGACCAGCAGACCGACUGGGUGAAGGUCUUCAGGGGAAGAAAGGUCCAUGGUGAAUUUGACAUCAAAAUAGAACAGGCAGAAUUCUCUGAAAUCAACCUUGUGGCCAAUGCAACAGGCACCUACAACGUGAACAUUGAUGCAUUCAGGAAUGGACAUAAGGUUACUAAGUCCUUUAAGCCAGACUUUGUGCUGAUCAGACAGCAUGCAUUUAGCAUGGACAAAAAUGGAGACCACCGGAACAUGGUGAUUGGCCUGCAGUAUGCUGGACUGCCAAGUGUUAACUCUUUACACUCAGUCUACAACUUCUGCGACAAACCCUGGGUGUUUGCUCAAAUGUCGCGGGUCUUCAAGCAGCUAGGCCCAGAGGAGUUCCCACUGAUCGAACAGGUUUACUAUCCAAACCACAGGGAAAUGAUUACCUCCCCCCGGUUCCCCGUGGUGGUAAAGAUGGGGCACGCUCACUCAGGAAUGGGAAAGGUGAAAGUGGACAAUCAAUACGAUUUUCAAGAUAUUGCCAGUGUGGUGGCACUGACCAAGACGUAUGCCACAUCUGAGCCUUUUAUCGAUGCAAAGUAUGAUGUCCGCAUCCAGAAGAUUGGCGACAAUUACAAAGCCUACAUGAGGACAUCCAUUUCUGGAAACUGGAAAACCAACACCGGCUCAUCCAUGCUCGAGCAGGUGGCCAUGUCAGACAAGUACAGAUUGUGGGUGGACUCUUGUGCUGACAUCUUUGGAGGGCUGGAUAUCUGUGCUGUAGAGGCUCUACAUGGUAAAGAUGGAAAGGACUACAUUAUAGAGGUUGAUGACUGUUCGAUGCCACUAAUUGGGGACCAGCAGGAUGAGGACCGCGUUCAGAUUGCAGAGCUGGUGGUUUCUAAAAUGAGCCAGAGUGUUCCUCACUCCUCAAGCCCCUCCAUGGUGCGUGCCUCUGCAGGACAGCAAGCACAGAAAGCACUGUCACCACAGCCUGUCUCACAGUCCAGAGUCCCACAGGCUCAACCACGCCCCUCGCCUCAGGGUGGUCCUCAGCAAAGCCCUCCAUCCCAGCAGCGACCUCAGCCUCAGGGCCAGCCUCCUGCACAGGCCCCUCAGUCUGCAGCCAGCCCUGCUGCUGAUCCCAGUGCUAAAGCUAGCCAAGGCCCUACAGGCCAGCCACGGCCAGCAGGUCAGGGGGCUACUCAAGGCCAGAGACCUUCCUCUGGUCAGGGUUCUCCUCAGAGAAGCCAAGGAGGUUCACCUCAAACUCAGAGGCAACAGUCUCUCCCCCAGCAGCAGAAACAGCAGAGGCCUGCCCAGCCCCCCAGGCAGCAGUCACAGGGGGGGACCCAGCAACAGAGGGGUCCCGGCCAGCAAGGUCGGUCUGGAGCAGCCACCACCCAGCAGCCGCGACCCACUGCUCAAGGCCCAGGUGGACGACCCCCACUGCAGCAAAAGCCUCAGCCCCCACAGAAGCCCAGUCAGGAGCCACAGCUGAACAAAUCCCAGUCUCUUACCAAUACCUUCAACAUUCCAGAAACCCCGGCGCCACGAGCCAGCCUUAGCCAGGACGAGGACGAAGUGAAGGCUGAAACCAUACGCAACCUACGCAAAUCUUUUGCCAGUCUCUUCUCAGACUGAGACGGUAACCCCCUCCCCCUCCCCUCCCAUUCCCAUCCCUCCUUUCCUCCUACUGACAGAAAGAUGGACAGGAAAACCGAAGGACAGAUCCCCCCCAACUAACAAGGACCAACAGAACUCCGUCUACAAUUUGUGUACAUUGACCCUGAUAUGAAUAAUGUGCACACUCGACACUCACUGCCUGAAAUAUGGUCCAAUCUUUCAAAACAAGCAAAAAGUAGAAGAGUACACAGUAAAUUUAGCCAGUAAUGUCUGAAACAUUCCUUGCCUUGCUUCGAGCUAAAGUAAGUCAUCUACUUGCAUCACGCUUAAUGACACAACACAAAAGCCUGUAUAUGCAUGAGCACACAAUCACACACAAACACACAAGAAUAAGAAGCAAGACUGCGCAAAACUUUCUUUGCUGAUGCCGUUACAUGAUCUUUAUGACUGAAGUUUGGUUGGCUGGUUGGUUUGAUCAACCAAAUGAAUCAAGGGGCUGUAUGAAAAUUAUUCAGAAAUGCUGAUACUUACAUUUAAUUUUAUGAAAAAGGCAAACCUCUUUGGUUAUUCAGUAUCCCAAAAUAACAUUAUCACACUGCAGACUUUUCAAAAAGAGCAAAAGAAGGAGAUGUUUUCGAUAUUUGAAUAAGAAGCUGCUAAAUGAACCGGGAUUAGCCACAAAAUGGAAUAAGAAAAGGGGUUUUGCACUGCAAUACUUUAACCAAACCCUGUAUACCCUGUGCACAUUGAGUAUAUAGAGGAUAUAGCACAUAUUAAAAUCAUCUUUCAAUUCAAUUUCUAAUCUUUUUUCUAUUGAAAUAUUCCCAUAAUUAAGAAAUACUCUUAAAGAAUACAAGAUACAAUCCCCUCCCCCUUUUCUGUUCCUGUUGCUCCUGAUAAUUUUUGUACAGUCCCUAACCAAGCACAGCCUUGCACAAAGGAGAACCAGUGUUUAGCUAAUGCUAGAUCUGUCCAAGCUGUUGACUGCUAAUGGUGAUGUCAUAGCUGCAUGUCAUCAGGAGGCAAUGUUUGCAUUUUCCGACUCCCUGACAUUUGCGCUUGUAACUGUGUUGUCACACGUAGUUGCAUUAGUUAGUGCAGUAAGCUCGUAGGUGUUGUGACGAUGUUGUUGCUGCCACUUUCUCCACGAUUUUUUUCGUCCCACAAGAACAGAAAGCCUGAAAGCUCUCCACCUUGAAAGCAUGCCUUACACAAACAAGAGCGUCAGAUCAAAUGGAGCUGUCUCAGGGAUGUCCAAUUGAUUGUGACACUUGUAUGUGGGUGAGGGUCUUCCAUUGCAGUUUCGUUGAUGUUGUUUAAGCAGUAAUGAAGGAAAAGCAUGCAUCUAAAUGAGGUAGAACGUUUUUAUUGUUUCAUAAGCUUUUGCACAUAGAGUAUAUUGCGAUAUAAUACUUGAAUAGAGAGACACAGACUGAAGUAAGAGUCUAUUUUUUCAGGGUUAUUCACCUGUUUCUUGACAAAGCAGCAACAUAGAGGCUGUUUACACCUGGUAUUAACAUGUGUCCUGACAGAUCCAGUCACAACUGGUCACCUAAUAGUAUGUAAGUGAAUGCAUCCAAGACUCGUUAAGGAAACAUGAAUGUCUGAUCACUCGGGCCACAUCUGAGUGGUCUGAUGUACAUAUUUCAUUGGUAGCUUGUCGGGGUGUGUCCUGACCUUUUCGAAUGAGGGCAAAUUUCGGCACUGACAGAGGCUGGGGUGGCUGUGGUAUCUGUGGGUAGCAUGUACCUUCUCUGUCUUCACCAUCUACUUUAAAAACUACUAUUAAAGUAUCAUAAAGUAGUUUUAUUCCUAUGUAGAAUUUUGGACUUUGGAAAGAAACAUAACAGAGUGGCGACACACAAAUCUUAUUAGCUUAAUUCUUUCUAGGGCAAGUGCCACCCUUGACCACCCCUCUGGACAAGCUCCUGGUAGUGCGUGCUUAAACAGUCCUGGGCCACAAUGAAAUUAUCAACAUGUUCGUAUUCAUGACAGUGAUUAUGACAAGUAACAGAAAACACACCUUUCAUUCUUGUCUCUUUUGACAUGAAACUCUCUAGUUUGAUUUAUUUUCUUGUCAUACCAAACACGUGACAACAUGGUUCUUGCAUCAAAGCAGUCUGUCCUUGAAAAUAUAGGACAUCCUGUGUCUUGCAUUGACCCAGAAAUUAGAGUGAAUGUUAUUUUCAAUACUGAACAAUCCUGUGUAGGGAGAGGAGGAGACUGAUCCAGCACCUGGACUGGAUUUAUCUAUAUUGAAAAUGUAAAUUAUAUUAUGUAUCCACAGCUCUGGGUUCAUCCUGUUUUGAUCCAUUCAGUCAGUUUUCACAUGCUUGUCAUGACAUUACUUGGGAUGUGACAUAUGAGCUGUUUCUUUACAAUUUAGGCAAACAUACCACGGUGAGGACACUGAUAUUUUAAAACAUAGAACAGGGGUGUGUCCAGACUUUUUUUUUAAACUGGGGUGGCCCAAUUAGGGCACUAACUUGUGCAAGGGUGGCAUAAUAUAAUUUUAAAAAGUAACCAAACAUAGUAUCAAAAGGUUUGGACAAAAUCAUUUUUUUUUUAAAUACCAAGUAAAGGAAAUGUGCGACACUGAAGUGGAAGUGGAAACAUAGCUAGUAAUGUCUGUGUCAACAUAGACCAAAUCGCUGAUUCUAACAUUAGUCCCGCUCUGUCGAAGCACAGCCAGUCAUCAAGUAGGAGUUUGGGGUGGCACCAGGGGUUGUCAAUGAGAUUUCAAGGGGGGCCCAUGCCACCCCUGGCCACCCAUAUAGACGCACCCCUGAUGCAGAUCAGUUAUGCAGAUCUCUUUAUUUAUGUAGUUUUUCACUGUUAACAUACUUUGAUCUCCAGUGGAGUUUAUACACCGACUGAUACGCCACCAAACUUUAAAACUCAAGCCUCAUGAUCAAAUCAAGUUUCAUAUCACAUAAACACUUUUGUUCAGUAUAAAAAGGUGUAAACACCAGAUAUGACCAACCAAACAAGAGCUGUCCACUCGGGAUCAGACCAACUAUGACACAUGGUAACAUCAAGUGUAAUCAGGGCCCAUCCUGAAGUGCUGCUGUGUCAGGAGCAGGUGCGGUGCUGGAGGGUACAGCAUUUGUUGGGUAGAGAAUUGUUCAGGUAGAGUUAGUGAGAGAUAGUUUGAUUUCCCUUUAUUUAAAAGCAAUGUAAUGUACAAACUUCUGACUGUAAACCAGCCACAGACUGAGUGGAUGUACAACAAGUGAGUGGAUUACGUCAGGCUGAUUUCAGGGUUUGGCAGUAAGUAGGUGCAUUAGGAUUUUGCACUUAAACUCCAGUCUUAAGUCGGUUUCAUUCAGCACAGGAGAUUUCUCCCUCGCCGUAGAUUAAGAGGCUUAUAUAUAAUCAAUCAACAAUGUUUGAAAAGGGUAGAGAUUUCAGUAGAUCAAGCACUUCCUUUAACCCCUUACUUCUCAUCGACAACUUUAUCUUUAACCGCUACUCUGAAAAUUUGAAACAGUUCUGUUUCCUGGCACUGAAAAUGUCUUCCAGAAGGAGUUCUAUCUGUUUGAAAGUGGAUGUAGUAAGGCAAUAUCAUGCUUUUUAGAGAAGACCCAAUAGCCAAAAGUCUUAAGGAGUCCUGGUUCCCCUGCUGAAUCUCCAUGCUGCCUGUGAUUAUCAGUCUGUUUGUGUAGCCACAGUGACCCCUUGUGCUCAAUAGUGCAUAAAUGUGUGAAUGUUGUUGUAACUGGUCAAACCAAAUAGAUGUGCUGUACAGAUCUCAGAGUGAUGCAGAUUGUCGCCUUUAUCCCCUGCUGCUAAUUGUGCUCGUUGAUAUUAUGUGCGUCUUUAAUCUCCUAUGUUUAAACUUAAUUUGAAUAAUUUAUUCAUGCUUCAUUUUUGCUAUGAGGCAGGACUAUCUGGGGCUUGUUGGUUUAUGCAUUAGUGAUUCAGGGCUUCAUUUUUUAAUUUGACAAUGACUCAGCGUCAGUUUCAUCGCGGUGCAGCCGACUGCCAAGAAAAUCAGAACGGGCAGCCUUGUGUUAGUUUUGCACUGAGUGUGUAAUUUAUGAGAAUGAGCCAUCAGAAUUAGCACGGAUGGUUAACUCUGAAAAAUUCUGUCACUCAGAGGCCAUAUUAAGACAUACCAAUCGCCAUGGCGACUCCUGAGACUGACAGGACGAGCUGGGACAGGAGUGAAAAAGACGUACUUUUAUGUUUUUGAUAUUCACAGAGUUUUCCUUUUCAAAAGUUUACAUUAUUUAUGGUGGAUAUACAUUUGACUGUGAAUGUACUUUUUUCUCUGUAACAGCCUGUUUUCUUGUUUCUAAAUGCAUUGAAUAAAUUUUGUGGAAAAAAAAAAAGAGGAACUUCUAUUUAGUUUGAGUUGAACUGAUUGUCAGUCAAUGCCUGCCAGAUUAUUAUAAAUGUAAGUGCAAGAAUCAAACAGCUGAGGUUUUUGUCAAUCAAAAAAUAAGAUACUGCAUAAUGUAAAUCAUGGUGGAAUCUAGAAUUAAAUGUAAAAAAAAUAUAUUUGAUGUUAUAUGCAAUGUAGCUAUAUUAUGUGGAAAUGAGUAUGUUGUUGAAACAUGCACAUGUCUAAUAAAGUCUAUGACCAACAGUGA